UCAAACCCAAUUUAAAGUGAGGGGGCACCGAUCACCUGCCUUGUACCCCCCUAAAAAUGAGUAAAAUAACCCUAGCCGGCUAGGCUAGCCCUCUCCCCCCAAAUCCCCGAUUCUCCCAAUCUCCCUCAACCUGACUGCCUAAGCCGGUCAGCCCUCAGGACCCUCACCGCCUCACGUACCGGCACGGCCUCACAGGUGAGUCAGGUGACCGAGAAGCGGCGCUGCGGCAGUCAGAGGCUUCGCUUUCUGCUACGGUGCAGACUAGAAUUAGUAGAAGAGGGGAGAGCCUUCCGAAGAACUGAAGAAGCAGCCGUCGCAGGCACGCAGCACGCAGGCAUCCCGUCGCCCGUCCUGAUUGGGCCGACUCUAAUGCCUCUACGGCAGGGCUGAGGGCACCCAUUCCAGUUUGCACAACAGCGCCUUUCGAAAGGACCCUUCCCUAAAACCCUAAACCUCACCUCCAAUCGCGCCAUUAAGGCUCAUUGUCUCCUUCGAACACUUUGUGCAUCUCUUUCAAUCCUCUCUAAUGGCGUCCUCUUGCAACAGAUUCAUCGGCAGAGCAUCCCUACAGUCCCUCAAAUCCGUCAUCAGAUCAACAGCCCGAACAGCUUCCAUCAACAGAUCUGCCCCUUCGUUCCCUCUCCCGACCAGGUCUCCGUCGGAGCUAGGCUGUGUGCAGUCUAUGUUGCCUCUGCACAGUGCUGUGGCGGUGGCAAGGAUGACUUCGUGCCUGAGCUCUACCACGAGCAGUUGCCGAGCUCUUUCACAGGAUGAAAUUGAUGGUACGUGAUACAUGCAUGCUGUUUCAGGAGGUGCGCUGUGGCAUCUAUGCUUCAACAUGUCUUACAUUUUUUGAUACAUUUAUACCAUAUUUGUGUCAUGACUUAUUUUUAAUUGAUUGACGACUAUCCAUUUUGGUAUUCUUGGGCAAUAAAUCUACGGAUGCUAGCCUGCUAGGAAAAUUGUGGGGUUAAGUUUAUCAUUUUGCGUGUACCUGAACUGUGCUACAGUAUAGAUCACUAAUUGUUCAAUGUAGUGUUCUAAUUUUUCUCACUGUCAUUUAUUUCUUGUUAUUGAAAAUUUGUUUCUGAUUUAAAUUUUUCAUUUUGUGUUAGAGCUCGGUCUAUCAGUUCCAAGGUGACUUUGUUAGUGGAGUACUGCCAUGUCAAGGAGUUUCUCUUCAUUUGAUUUGAAAGAACAAGCUUUUUGUAGAUCUCAACAAUUCUGUCUGUAAAACUACCUGAAUCAUAGAAAGAAGCAAUUAUUAUUGAUUCUUAAAUGGGUUUUUUUGUGGUAAAUAAGCAUGAAGAAGUGGCAUUAUCUAUUUCUUAUAUUUAUGUGUUUAAUUGACAAAGGUCAUCAUUUGCUUCCUUUGAAUUAAAUAAACCGCAUGCUUGAUGA